ACUGAGAAGCAUAAACUUAAAUCAUCCCUUAUUGGCGGGGGAAAUCCCAUUUUUUGUGUGCUUUCAAAGCUUCUUUAUUUCAAUUUUGCUAGGAAUUUUAUUUACAAUUUCAGAAUUCUUUGAGCUUGCAGCACUGAGUAAAUUUUCUACAUGCAUUUAUGCUUCUAACCUGAAGGCUGAAGCUAUAUUGUGAGCUUAGUAGCUGAUAUGACAUCAUGUUCCUGCUUAGAGUACAUUUGCCUUUGAUCAUCUGUAAAUAAAUUUGAUUCCCUUCUUUUGAUGUAAAUGUAAUAGAUUUGUGGACAGAACCAACAUUAGAAUUUCACUAACAUGCAAAAUAAGGCUACUCUAAGAUGGUGUUUAACCUUUCUUUUCUUUAUUUUAUCUUCUCCUUAAUCGAAGCUGUUUAGAGGAGAAGCCAGGAUGAACACAAUUUUGAAAAUAUAAAAAAUUGAAUGUAGUUUAUUUUUAAAUCAACAAAACCCCUGAAAAAUAGCACUUCUAUAAAGGCUAUUUGGAGGAACUUCUACUUUAACGAGAGCAGAGCCAGAAAGAGCUAUGCCAAAACAAAGUUUAGUUACGGAAUAGCUCAAUAAUAACUAGAUCCUGAACUCUCUGCAUAAGUUGCCCUUUGAUCUGAAAUCAGUAAAGAAUCUGGCUUUGAAUUAGCAUUAAUGUACCUUCGAUGACGCUAACUCUGGUGGUAUGCAUUAGUUGAUCAAUCAAACCCUGCUGAAUUUCAAGCCAAUGCUAUGGAUAAACGCACCAGAAGAUCAGAUGAUCCAGAACAUUGUUUACAGGAAAAGACUGACCGUUCUAUGGUGCCUGAUAAUGGACAAAAGAGAGUUAAAUCACGUUCCCAGAGAGUUUCGAAGGAUAAAAAGCCUUCGAAAAGGCAGAGCCUUGCAGCUGCUUGUACAUCAUGGACGUCUGGAUUAAGGAGAAGCAGCAGGAUGAGGACAAGGCCAUUGGAGUACUGGAAAGGAGAAAGACCGGUUUAUGGUCGCGUACACGAAAGUUUGGUUACUGUGAUUGGGGUGAAGUGUAUGUCUCCAGGAAGUGAUGGGAAACCCAUUAUGAAGGUGAAAUCUUACGUAUCAGAUGAACACAAAGAGCUAUUGGAAUUGGCAUCUCUACAUUGAAUGUAAAAUAAGUUCUUGACAUUUAUCCUCGUGUUUUUUUUCCUCGUAAUAUCAGACAUCUCUACAUUGAAGGUAAAAUCUGAUGAUUGAGACCGCUGUCAUGGCAUAUAAUUGUUUUCUUUUGUUUCUA